AAGGAAAACUCUCAGUCCAGAGUAGCUGCUCUUGACUCUGUCCUUCUCUGCAGACCCAACACCACAGUCAUGCUGCGUUUGCUGGUCCUUGGCCUCGUCCUGGCAUGUGCAGUGUCUCUCAGCAGCUCUGCAGUAAUUCUAGAAAAUGGCGCUCCCAUCCUUUGGGCACAAACGGCCAGCCAAGUGACUGAGUUGCCAAUGCAUGAUGGGAUUCUGCUUCCAGACCCCUGGAACUACCUUCACCGCAUGAGUUUAUACCGGCUGAUGAUAGCUGCUACAGACCCCUUCAUGGGAUCCAUGGGGACAAAUGCUACUGACAGUCCGCUGUGGGGACUGCCACUGCAGCUCGGAUGGAUGUUAACUUCAGGGCGUCUCGCUGAUCCAACAGGUGCAACAACUUGUGGCCUGGAAGCAGAGCCUUUGUGCAUUUCUACCCAGAGUUGGUGGGCCUGUGUGAACUAUUUUGCAUCUGUACUUCCCUUUCUGUCUGCCGCACAACAGGGCUUCAUGGGAGCAGGAGCUCAGGUCCAGAUGCAGGUGCCUGCAGGAGUACAGGACUAUUGUACAACUUAUGCUGACUGUAAAGCUAAAUACCCUGAUGCCAUGUCUAAGUGGGAUGCUUUUUUUCAGGGUCUGAAGACUACUAGUGAAUCUCUUCUGCCUGAUGAUGUGAAGAAAGACACUAUCCUCGGUGUCUAUUGGGACGCCCAAAUGGCUUCAACCUAUGCCUCUGCAGCAUGUAAUGCCAGGCAGAGCCACUAUUCCUCUGUAGAAGUGUCAUUUGCUCAGAGCUGGCUGAACUCAGCAGAAUAUGUAGCAGCAGCUCGAUUCCAGGCCAACAUGGAAAAAGCACUGCUUUUCCUAUCCCCUCUGCCAAGUCGGAUUUUACAGGAGGGCGACAGCGCACCUAACAUUGUUGGUCUGACUGCGGAGGAGAACCACACACUGUAUAUCUUCAGCUGGAUGAAGACUAUCGACAGUCUGCUUGGUGGGACAUUGCUGCGUCUGUGGAAAGGUGCCAUGUGUUCAGUAAACACAAGGCAAAAAGGUGCGCAGGUGCUGGAGCAGCUCCUCCUGAAUCCCAGCUUUGCUACAAGCACUUUCCUGUCCAUCAUCACUGAGAUGACUACCAGCUGCUGAGUCAAACACAUAAGAUAAAUACAUCACGGUAUUCAUUUUUUCUCCUGAAAAAUGACAUUUUUGUCCAUUAAACAAAGUUGUUCAAGUAA